AUGGCUUUCCCAGACAACUCGACAUACAUGGAAUUUGGUGACGACGCACACCUCUUCGAGGAACACAACAGUGGCACGUUUGAUUUUCAGCACAUGGCCGCUGACAACACCGCAUUCACACCUGCGCAGCCCACCACUAUUCGAGGACUUGUCCAACAGGAUCGAUCGAAACAGCCUAGCUAUUUGUCGUCGCUUAAUCGAUCGAGCAACAAUCAGGGUCGCGGUACUGGUCUGUCCACGAGAACAGCGCCCACCGGUCAUCCCUCUGGUGAUCUCUCCAGUUUGGAAUCUACCCUGAAGCGAGUUCGUCCACUACAGUCAGACACCAGAUUGCAAGCUCUUGAAAAUCGCAUGCAGCAUUACGAGGACCACGUGAGACGAAUGGAGGCCAAGCACAAGAGUCUGAACGAUGCCGUGAUGGACAUCAACAAGGUCGUCCGCAACAGCGAUAGCCAGAUUAGCGAGGCGUGCAAGGCAGCACACAUAUUGACGGCGAUAAUGCAGAAGAUGUUCCCAACAGAUGACACGAACGCCACCGAGGCUGAGCAAAUGUAA